UCCCUGCCCCAGGGCUCCCAGCCCCUGGGAAGAGCCAGUCUGAGCAUUAUAAAGGGCCCAGGCUCUGCCCAGCUGCACAUCUCACUGCACGUUCCCUGCCACAGCUGCUUCUUCCUCAGCUCUGCUUUUGUGACAGACACCAUGGGCAGCACUCCAGCUGAGAAGGCCAUCCUGGGCACCAUCGACGUGUUUCACAAAUACAGUGGAGAAGAGGACACAAUUGACGAGUCAGGCCUGAAGAAGUUGAUGAAGGAGAAUUUCCCCACCUUCCUGGCUGCCUGUGACAAAAAGGGCACUGAUUACCUGGCCAGUGUCUUUGUGAAAAAGGACAAAAAUAAAGACAACAAGAUCGACUUCUCUGAGUUUCUAUCCUUGUUGGGGGACUUAACCACAGACUACCACAAACAGAGCCAUGGAGGUGAACCCUGCUCAGGGGGGAACCAGUGACCCCACCUCAUCCAGACCUCCAGAGACCUCCCAAAACAAUAAAGUGUCUCU